UCCUGAGCCCAGAAUGGGAGACGAGGCUGGAAUGUACCUGCAGUCCUCAGAAGGCCACUGUGGCCUGAGAACUCCAAACCCCCAAUGGGAUGAAGAGGACAGUGGUUCUGGAAGACAUUUCAGUGAGUGGGAAGAUGCACAGGACCUGGAGACUCUCCAUCACCCACCUUUACACCCAGUGGCCACUUGCGUCUCUCAGGAGGGGCUGUCACGAUGCUACAUGUUGACAGUGAGGAUCAUCCGGAUGAAAAAUGUCCAUCAGGCUGAUGUGUUGAGCCGGACAGACUGCUUUGUGAGCCUCUGGCUGCCCACUGCCUCUCAGGAGAGACUGAGGACCAGGACCAUCUCCAACUGCUCAAACCCGGAGUGGGAUGAAACCUUCAGCUUCCACAUCCAGAGCCAAGUGAAGAAUGUGCUAGAGCUGAGCAUCUGCGAUGAAGACACAGUAACACCCAAUGACCAUCUCUUGACAUUUCUCUAUGACAUCUCCAAGCUCUGCUGCCGGAAGAAAGUCCACGUGAAGUUCCCAUUCAGCCGAGAGGACUCGGAGUGCUUAGAAGAGCUGGAGGUGGAGUUCCUGCUGGCAGACAGUCCCUCUCCACCGGAGACCCUCAUCACCAAUGGCGUGCUGGUGUCCCGCCAGGUCUCCUGCCUGGAAGUUCAUGCAGAAUCCAGGAGGCAGAGGAAACAGAAGAAAAUAAAAGACCUGCUGGUGACAGUGACUGAAUCCUUCGAGAGAGUCCAGCGCAUCUCACCCCACAGGGAGCCCCACUGCCCAGACCCUGCUUUCUUCCACUACUCCAAGUACUCCCAGCCCCGCUUGAAGGUGGCUGUACCCAAGAGCCACUGGGACUGUUUGUGUGGCUGCUGCCGUGCACACAAGAAUGGUCCUGUCUGCCAGCCCCUCGACUGCCUCUCUGAUGGCCAAGCUGUGACCCUGCCUGUGGGUGAGAAUUACGAAUUACACAUGAAGUCCCUGCCCUGCCCUGACACAGUGGAUGUACGGCUGGGCUUCAGCCUAUGUCCUGAAGAGCUGGAAUUUCUGGAAAAGCGGAAGGUGGUGGUGGCCAAGGCACUGAAGCAAGUGCUGCAGCUGGAGGAGGACCUCUUGGAGGAUGAGGUACCGCUGAUAGCCAUCAUGGCCACCGGGGGUGGAGCAAGGUCCAUGACCUCCUUGUACGGCCACCUGCUAGGACUGCAGAAGCUAAACCUCCUGAACUGCAGCAGUUACAUCUCCGGCCUGUCUGGGGCCACCUGGACCAUGGCUACCUUGUACCGUGAUCCCGAGUGGUCUUCCAAAAACCUGGAACCUGCUAUCUUUGAGGCCCGGAGACAUGCUGUCAAAGACAAGAUGCCUGCCCUAUUCCCAGAUUACCUCUGCAAAUUCAAAGAGGAACUUCGGCAGCGCAGCCAGGAAGGCUACAAGGUCACCUUUACAGACUUCUGGGGCCUGCUGAUUGAGUACUGUCUGAGCGAUGAGGGUAGUGAGUACAAACUGUCAGACCAGCGAGCUGCUGUGUGCCAGGGCCAGAACCCCCUGCCCAUCUACCUCACCAUCAAUGUCAAGGAUGAUGUAAGCAACAAGGAUUUCAGAGAAUGGUGCGAGUUCUCCCCCUACGAGGUGGGCAUGCAGAAGUACGGAGCCUUCAUCCCCACCGAGCUCUUUGGCUCUGAGUUCUUCAUGGGACGGCUGAUGAAGAGGAUCCCCGAGUCGCGGAUGUGCUACAUGCUAGGUUUGUGGAGCAGCAUCUUCUCCCUGAACCUGCUCGACGCCUGGAAUCUGUGCAAUACCUCGGAGGAGUUUUUCCACAGGUGGACGAGGGAGAAAAUACAUGACAUCGAAGAUGAGCCACUCCUGCCUGAAAUCCCCAGAUGUGAUGCUAAUGUCCUGGAAACUUCGGUUGUGACGCCAGCGUCCUGGCUGUCCAAUACUUUCCGAGAGAUUCUCACCUACCGGUCCUUCGUGUCUGAGUUCCACAACUUCAUGUAUGGGCUGCACCUGCACACUGACUAUCUCCAAAAUAGCCAGUUUCAGAAGUGGAAAGACACGGUGCUGGACUCCUUUCCAAACCAGCUGACAGAGUUUUCGAAACACUUGUGCCUGCUGGACACUGCAUUCUUCGUCAACUCCAGCUGCGCACCCCUGCUCAGGCAAGAAAGAAAAGCCGACCUCAUUAUCCACCUCAAUUACUGUGCGGGGUCCCAGACAAAGCCCAUGAAACAGACCUGUGAGUACUGCAGUGCGCAGGGCAUCCCCUACCCCAGCUACAACAUCCAGGAUGAUGACAAAAGCCUCCAGGAGUGCUACCUGAUGGACUGUUCCCAGGAUCCCAAUGUCCCCAUUGUGGCUUUCUUCCCGCUCAUCAAUGAUACCUUCCAGAAGUACAAGGCACCAGGUGUGGAACGGAGCCCUGAGGAGAUGGAGCUGGGUCAAAUUGACAUUUAUGGCCCCAAAUCUCCCUACGCCACCAAGGAGCUGACAUACACAGAGGCUGCCUUUGACAAGCUGGUGAAGCUCUCUGAGUACAACAUCCUGAAUAACAAAGACAAGCUCCUUCAGGCCCUGCGCCUGGCAGUGGAGAAGAAGAAACGCCUGAAGAACCAGUGCCCUUCCUAGGUCCAGGGAGCCCCGUCCAUCCUGCGUCUGCUGCUGCUCUGAGUAGCUAUCUCGGGCCACACCACCAGGCCUGCUCUCUGGCGAGUAAUGUGGGCAUUGGCUUGGGCUUUCCACCCAAAAACAUCCCGAGAAGGGGAGAGAGGAGCCACACUAGGGUUUUGUAUGGCUAGGAUUUCUCUCCCCACUUCCCUACAAGGAAGAGUAAUGGCCACGAACUCCCAUCUUUCUCCUCGAACAUGGAGAAAAGCGUGGCCUGAGAGAGGGGCUGGUUCCCAAGAAGCUCAGGCUCCAAGCCUCCCCCUUCCUGUUCCACAGUGAGCCUAGGGAUGCUGAGAAGGACUCCAAGUUUCUCUGUAAAAACACUUUUCACAUUUUAAGGCAAUUGCAUUUUUAUAUUUAUUAUCCAAAAAUUUUAGGAUUUUGACUUUCAGGGUUAUUAGUUGCCAAGAGACCUAGAAGGAGAGCUAGAGAGAGCCUCGUGUCUGCACUAACAAAGCCAAACAAACGACCCGUGGUACCUGCCUGGAACAGGGCGAUCCCAACCAGGCAGCCAUGGCUAAGCACAAAACACCAAACAAAGCUAAGCUUACUGUGGCUCCCAGAGUAGGGACCUGGGCAGGCUACAAAGAACAGCUUCACGGGAGCAGAGCUGCCCAGUGCUGCCAUGACGUCUCUCAUCUCUCACUCCCCUGGCCACCUGAUUUACAGAUGAGAUUAUUUAUUUCUAAAUGUGAUCCCACUAAUUUAUCAUGCAGACCCUAAGCCGGUACAGUUGAGCACUUGGAGGAUGAACUGAGAAAGGAACAGCUUGGCAAGGCCAGGUCAGCGCUCCCAGAAAGAACCACUCCUCCCUGCCCCCUCAGAGUUGGCCUCCAACCUGGGAAAGCCCUGGGACAUGGAGAAGCCCAGUCAGUGUGACCAGAUCCCCCAGCAGGUCAGGGGCUUAAAUGGAGAAAGAUGUCACUGAGAAAGAUGGACACAGAAGGGCAGAAAGGCACAUGGCCUGAGCAGAGCCCAGCAAGCCCUCUCUGAGCCACGCUACUCCCUACGCAGCGCUUCGAUGGAUGGUGACAGGUACUCCAAGCUUAGAAAAACUGGGCUUUCAUUUUGACAUCUUUGCUGCUCAGAAUGUAGUGGGGAACUGGCUAGAAAUUCAGAGUCUCAGGCCGGGGAUUUAGCUCAGUGGCUCAGUUGCUUGCUUGUUAAGUACAAGGUCAUGAGUUCAAUCCCUGGGACCCCCCAAAAAUUGAUCCAACAGAAAUGCAGAUUCUCAGGUGCUGCCCAGCCACACUGAAUGGAAGUACACUGGAAAGAGACUUAGGCCUCCUCUCCCACGCCACCCCACCCCUGCGUGGCUCCUGUGUGAGUUAAAGUUGGACAAGAAGCCAGGCUUCCAGCGUAGGGGUGCCUGCCUGUGAUCUCAGUGUCACUGCGCAGUGUGCAGGUACAAUCCAGGUGCUGGUGCACAGUAAGCAAUGAAUUGAAGGCAUACACCAAGUGAAAAGCGGCCACAUUCAUUGAAGAUCACAAGAAGUUGUGCUCAGGGCAAGUCUAUGCCAGCAAAAGAUACAGAGCAAAAGUGGUAUGCCAGGGUGACAGCGGUGUAAAACCACUGCACAAACAGCACCCAGUAAUAGCCACCCAUAAAUCAGCCUUUCGGAAUUUAAAGGCUCUGUACCUCAGCCCUGGUGCCUCCCCUGAGUCUCCAGGUGUGACUGACUGAGAAAGUCCUGUGUUAUCUCGGGGGCUCUCAACACACACGCUUGUCCUAGAGCUCACUUUGAUCUUAAUUACAUGCAUGAGAUGUGGUUCCUAUGUAUGAACUCUUAAUGAGGUGGAGUAGGGUGAAGAUGAUUAAAGGCUAGGAGAUCCAGUAGGCAUGCUUAGACCAUCAAAGAUCUCCUGUGUUAUUGUGGUAUGAUUUUCCAUCUCUUCUAAAGCAAUGGAAGGAGGAAUGGCCAGGGUGCUGUUUAAAAUUAAAUGGAGGGAAGGAAGUGACUUCCUCAGUUGGUAACAGUACUGUCAGCCUCUGGAGGGCUGAGGCAGGAGGGCUGGGAGCUGGAGCUAAGCCUGAGCAAUUUAGGAAUUUGGUGAGAUCCUAUCUCAAAAUAAAAAAAUGCCAAUCGCCUUUCCUGGGUAGCUCGGUGCAGAAGUCCUGGUGUCAAUUCCUAAUAAUAAUACAAAAAAGGAAAGAGUACAGGAAGGAAGGAAGGAAUGAGGAAGGGAGGGAGGAGAAGGGAAAGCAAAGGAAGUGAAGGGAAGGGAAGAAAGCUAGAAAGCCGGGGUUUACCCACUGUCCCCUACAAGCCUGGGACCCAUACAUCCUUCAGCUCUCCUGAGGCACUGGGAAGCUGGGCUCUGGGACCUGCAGCACUAGUCCCCACCCCGGUGACUCUAACCUACUGUCACCCCUCCCCUCUGCGCCACUCUUCCCUCCCAGCUACAAGCAUGGGGUUCUCCAACUUCAGAAGGAGCAGGCCAGGCCUCUCUGCUUGGAGGGAAAGGCAGUCCUGCCGUGAGUUCGUCGCCCAUGUGAAGUGAAAUUUGUACAUCAUUAUACUAUGUGAGCACCAAAUAAAAUGGCCAUGUGGUUAA